AUGGUCGUUGGCAAUGAUAGUUCUUCGUCAGGCGAGGAGCGCGAAGCUCUCGAGGCGACACUGGCUCCAGAGGUGACACCUACGCCUACACCAGUAACUCCACUUCCCCAUCCUGCAACCAUGGAAACAAUCCUGGCACGCCUCACCCUACAAGAAGCAGCGCAAAAGGCGGCAGUCGACCAAAUCACGGCGAUAGCAAAGAUCCUUGCUCCUCUCGCUGCAAACGCCGAAGCUUCGACAGCGCAGUAUCGUCGACACCUGUUCGCCACAGAACGAACCACCGACUUGGUACCUACGCGGGAUGACGAUAACCAAAGCGCCGAUAACCACACCAAUGCGCACACCGCAAGCGAACUAGCCGCGUUAAAACAGUCGGUCCUCGAUAUCAAUUCUAAGAUCCACCAGGUGACGACUUCCGCGCCCCAAAUCGAGCAUGUACUCGCGGAAUCCCUUCGCACACCCUUCACGCAAAAGGUUACCGGCGUGCGGAUACAGAAGAUGGAGAAACUCCGUCUUCCAACCUUCAAAGGUCUCUCCGACCCUUCUACUCACGUCACGUCUUUCAACAUAGCGAUGCGACGCGCAAACCUGACCGACGAAGACAAAGACGCCGGUUUUUGCCAACUCUUCGUCGAAACCCUAGAAGGCCCGGCCCUUACUUGGUUCACCGGCCUCAGAGAGAACUCCGUCGACUGUUUCCACGACCUCUCAACGGCUUUCCUUAAGAACUAUAUCAUGUUCACCAACCAGGAAGCGACCGUGUCAGAUUUGUGGAACCUCACUCACGCCAGCGACCAAAGUCUCCGUGACUUCAUGGAGAAAUUCAAAGCUAUUGUCUCGAAGAUCGAUAUCCCCGACCAUAUCGCCGUCGAAUCUUUGAUGAACACAUUGCACGUAGACUCCACAUUCCGCCAGGAUCUUUACCGAUACCUGACCAAAUCUGUCUCCGACGCCAUCGCUCGCUCGCACAACUUUAUCCGCAUGGAAGAAGACACCAGAGCAAAGUUCGCGAAAGAAGCAGCGGCGAGACAGCGAUCCUCCCGAACAAACGACGUCCCGACAGCGCAACCAGAUCUGCAUGGUAAAUCGAACAGCGAGGAUAAACAGUCUCUCGUUCCCUCGAAAGUAGAUAAAGACCUACGCGUUCUAUUGAAGCGAAAAAACGCCGCGAACGUAAACACAGGAACAACCGACCUCCAUGCGACCAUCUCAAAAUGCAGCGCUCGAAGAGUCGGUCAAACUGGUCACCUUCGUGACCAGCUCAAUUCAAAGGCCGACGACCUGCGAAUCCAACUCAACCGUUCGAAAGAACCGAUCUGCGACGACGCCUCUAGUCGAAAAAGAAACAGCCCGCAGAAAUUCCCACAUUCGAGAACACAACCGAUGACUUGA